UUAGUUUGAAUUAGAACAAAACAAUUAAAAGACAUUAGGGGGAAACUGAUUAUUUCUAAAUGGUAAUCAAGGUACAGCAGUAAUAAGUAAUAAGAAACAUUUCGACUUCCAGCUUUCUUUUUCUGUUUGCAUAAUGCCUGUGAUUACUUCCAUUUAAGAAAGUGGGCGUGCACUAAGGCAAUGUCUUAUAAAGGUCACAUCUCAAAAAUAAAAUGCAUUCAUUUUAAUGAGAGAAAAUUAACCGGUAAAAUAUUUUUCUUUGUGUUUUCUGAAAAAUAUGUUUUGAAGUUGAUUGAGCGCCAAACCCAUGAACUGAUAUUUCCGAUUGUCCUGAAGGCAGCAUGUUGGUGUCGCGUGUGGGCAGUUCAGGGUACUUUAAGUCGCUUCAGGACUGUAGUUUGUGGUAAGUCAGGCGCUGUCAGCUUUCACGGUAGCCUCCCGGUGAAACAGUGGAGUCUGUUGGUGCAGUUUAUUCGUAUAAAGAUGGGUGAGAUAUGACAAGCGUCCACCGCUCCGUGUCUACAGAAGGAGCAAAAAUAAGGUAGGAGGAGAUCCCGGAACUUCAGUCGCUCUAGCUAACAUUAGCUAGCUUUUUGUUGACAGUGUGCGUUGCUGUCAAACCCGGACAUCACCUCCGCAGCACUAGUGGUCGGUAACGACCGCUUCUUCUGACUUCCUGCGCGAGUGACGUCCACUCACCAGCUUCCUAUCGUACCUUGUUUCGUUUGAAGUUUCUGUCACUUUUAAAACAAACAACUUGUGGAGUUAGAAGAUGGCAUCAAGAGGGGGCUUCCCAGCUCCCCAGAUGAAUCCGAAUGUGAACCCCAUGAAUGUUGGCCAUGUAGCGGGGAUGAGGAUGCCGCAGCCCCCGGUGGGUUACAGCCGGAGCAUGAACAACCCCCAGUAUACUCAGCGCCCUGGGAUGCCACUUGGCAGAGUAGCAGGCCCCAUGGGGUCAAUGGGGGGUCAGCUUCCUGGUCCUUCCUAUGGCGGUGGUAACAUUCCAAUGCGACCAGGCAUGGGAUCUCCAAGCAUGGACGCCUCCAGGAAGCGUUUUCUUCACCAGCAGCAGCAGCAGCAGGAGACGAUGGGAGGCCUGAGGAGAGGAGCCAAAAGACGCAAGAUGGCUGACAAAGUUCUGCCACAGAGGAUCCGAGACCUGGUCCCAGAGUCCCAAGCCUACAUGGACCUCCUGGCCUUUGAGAGGAAGCUGGAUCAGACCAUUGCCCGGAAGCGCAUGGAGAUUCAGGAAGCCAUCAAAAAGCCCAUCAUGCAAAAGCGAAAGCUUAGGAUCUACAUUUCCAACACUUUCACUCCCAGCAAACCUGACGGCGAGGAGGCAGAGAAAGUGUCCUCGUGGGAGCUGAGAGUGGAAGGCAAACUCCUGGAGGAGCCUGGAAAGCAGAAAAGAAAGUUCUCCUCUUUCUUCAAAAGUCUUGUGAUUGAGCUGGAUAAGGAGCUUUAUGGACCUGACAACCACUUAGUAGAGUGGCAUAGAAUGCCCACCACUCAGGAGACAGACGGUUUCCAGGUCAAAAGACCCGGAGACGUGAACGUCAAAUGCACUCUUCUGCUCAUGCUGGACCACCAGCCCCCUCAGUACAAACUGGACCCACGAUUGGCCCGUCUCCUGGGCGUGCAUACGCAGACUCGGGCCAGCAUCAUGCAAGCUCUCUGGCUCUAUAUCAAGAACAACAAGCUGCAGGACAGUCAUGAGAAGGAGUACAUCAACUGUAACCGCUAUUUCAGACAGAUCUUCAGCUGUCCACGCAUGAGGUUCAGUGAGAUCCCCAUGAAGCUGGCGGGCCUGCUGCAGCAUCCUGACCCUAUUAUUAUCAACCACAUCAUCAGCGUGGAUCCCACAGACCAGAAGAAAACAGCCUGCUAUGAUAUUGACGUGGAGGUGGACGACCCUCUGAAAGCUCAGAUGAACAGUUUUCUGUCCUCCACCACCAACCAACAGGAAAUCGCUACUCUUGAGAUGAAGAUUCAUGAAACAAUUGAGUACAUCAACCAGCUCAAGACUGAGAGAGACUUCAUGCUGAGCUUCAGCAAUAAUCCACAAGAGUUCAUCAAAGACUGGCUGAAGUCUCAGAGCAGAGAUCUGAAGCUGAUGACAGACGUGAGCGGAAACCCAGAGGAGGAGAGGAGGACCGAGUUCUACGAGGCGCCCUGGGUCCCAGAAGCAGUGGGCAGAUACGUUUACUCCAAAGUGCAGCAGAGAAGGCAGGAGCUGGAGCAAGUUUUGGGGAUCCGACUGACCUAAAGGCCAGAUUCCAGAGGAGUUUGCCUGCGUUUGCUUUUGUUUAACUGGAAUAGAGACAGCCAUGAUCGCAGCUUAAGCCAUUCUUAUUUACUAAUGGGACCAAAGUGAUGAUUUAUGUGUCCUUUUGUAACGUGUUUGCCUUGGAUGGUUUUUCAUUUGGAGCCUUUUCAAAUCAUUUUUACUUUUUUGUCUUUUUUAUUCUUUUUUUUUUUUUUACUCGCGGUACAAAAUGCUGAAAACUGUUUGAACACUGGUCCUGUAAAGGAUUCUGCUUUCCCACGCUGAUGUUUUGUGUGAUUUUCUAAAAGUUGUAACAUUUAAAUGUUGACAGUGCCUGAUGUCUAAAAAAUAUCCUUAAUCAGUUUAUCCCAUAUAUAUGUAGUUGUACUACAUGUCUAUUGAAAUGUCCUUGAAGAGUGUUUGAAUCUAUAUUUUAUGUAAGUUUUAAGAUAAACCCUUAAAACACUUUCAGGUCAUAUUUUUAAUACAUAAAAACAUCAAAUCAGGAAAUACGUCAUGCCUGUGGUGAUUUAUGAGAAGCUGUUUUUAUACAGCCUUCUUUGUUCCUCUGAUCUUUAGCAGCUCUUUUGUUUAUAUGUUGAAGGUUUACAUGUUUUUUUUAUUUACUUUUUUGUUUGAGGACCACAAAAAUGAAUUUUCACAGCCUUUGUAGAGGUUUGCUAUUGAUUAUAAACAGGAAUGCAGCUGUGGUGUCAGAUAAAAAAAUGGUGUGUGUAUGGGGAAAAAGCUUUUUUACAAGCAGUCUUAUGAAACAUUCCGUGUAUUUGUGCCAAAAUGUGUUUUGUGAAGUUGAUUAAUUGAAUUUGAGAAGUGUGUAGUACAAGUACUUUUGUACAGCUUCCGUGUUUUGCAUGUUUUUGAUUCAAAAGCUUUUUUAAAAAUCUUUUUUACAUUUGAGGUGUUUUUCACAAUAAAUAUACUUGCAAAUGUUGGUUAUUUUCUAUAUCUGAAACAGAAACCUACAUUACAUAUACGUUAUAUUGCA